AUGUGGUCCGAGCUCUCAUCUCCAACACCGUCAAAAGUUCCCGCAUCGCCAAACCCACCACAUCACGUCACUGUAGGCCGCUUUAAUAUCUCAAGACUAGCGAUCACCAUGUCUGCGCCUACUCGAUGUAUGGUUGCGGCUUCAAAAAGCCUCCAAAGCGCACCAAUUGCGCGUGUUGCGCAGCGAUCUUUCGCCUCGAGUGCGUCAAAAUCCAUUGCAUCAGUACGGACAGCACCACGGUCAAAUGCGCUAUGCGUGCGGGAAUCUCGGGUACUACAAAAUAAAAGACGAAAGACCAUUGUUGGUCCACAGAGCCAGAUGAGACAAUUCUCGCAAUCCACCUCGCGGUCUAAACUCAAGACUAUUGAUCAAAUUCGCGCACGAAACAAGGGUGGACCUUUCAACCUCACAGCGGCCAUCCUCUUCGUCGCAGCCGGAGCAGGACUAUGGGCAUAUUUCACAUACGAAAAAGAACGCAUGGCGCGGAAGCGAAUAGCUGAACAAACCAAAGGAAUUGGCAAGCCUAAAGUAGGAGGGCCAUUCCAGCUCAUGGAUCAAGAUGGCAAGCCUUUCAGCAAUGAGGACAUGCUAGGGAAAUACUCGUUGGUUUACUUUGGCUUCUCACACUGCCCUGAUAUCUGCCCUGACGAGCUGGACAAGAUGGCACUCAUGUACGACAAGGUGACUGCGGAGUGUGGCAAAGUGCUACUACCCAUCAUGAUCACAUGCGAUCCGGCGCGUGACACUCCCAAGGUCCUCAAGGAGUACUUGGCAGAGUUCCAUCCAAACUUCAUUGGUCUGACUGGCAAGUACGAGCAAAUCAAGGACGUGUGCAAGGCGUACAGAGUUUACUUUAGCACACCUCAAAGUGUGAAGCCUGGCGAGGACUACCUUGUGGAUCAUAGCAUCUACUUCUACCUGAUGGAUCCCGAAGGCGACUUUGUCGAAGCCAUUGGCCGCAACUUCACCGCCGAGCAGGCCGCAAGGGUGAUUUCAGACCACAUCAAGGACUGGGAAAAGCCGCUUAAGAAGGCGACCCGGUGGGAUUGA